AUGGGUUCCUCAACUUCGACAACGAAGCAGUUUCUCGAAGGACUGGAACCAUUUCAGCGACGCGCCGUCAGAAAGCUCGAGCUCCAUCUUCUCGCAAGUGUGACGGAAGCAUGGUCGCUGAGGUCGAUAUUAAGAUCGAUAGCUGGCGUCUCCGACUCGACCGACCACCAAAAGUCCGUGCCAGACAGCUGGCACGGAGAGUUCGAUAUUAGUUGUUCUAGAUCGCAAUCGGAAGAGAAGGCAUAUGGCACAAGUAUCUCUGGCGGGAGCGACCUUCGAGAGUUGAUCAUCUUCAUCAGCACAAGAGACCUGCUCCUAGCACAAGCAGACUCUUUAGUUGGACUGCUGCACAUCUUGACCGUUCCUCCUGCGGCGCACGCGUAUGCGAAGCCUUGUACACCGUUCGCUUGCACAGCUUCAUGGGUUACCGAAGGGCUUGUUUAUCUCAGAUCGCUUCGAAGAUUGAGGAUUGUCAUAGAAGCCAGUGUCUCUGUUGCCAGCCAACUGACCACCCACAACAAAACAGGCUUCUCGAACUUUGUCAAAUCGGUGUUACCGAGGGCCGUUGUUGAAGUUGAGUGGAUUACACAGAAGAACAUGAUCCUAUCCCCAGACGAUGAUGAGUGGGUCUCCUUCCUCGGGGGUAGCGACUUGAUGGCUUCUGAUGCAGGACAGGUCUCAGUCAAUGAGGACCACGAGGGCAGAGGGAUGAACAGGAGAGUUGGAUGGUCCAGUUGGGGAAGUAUCCAGCAGUAA